GAACAUAAUCCCCAUGCAUUUUUUGUGGGUCAGUUCUGAGAAGUAACUGCAAAUGAAUGGGAUCUCGUGUUUAUGAAAUAUCUUUGUGUACGUUAUGGAGGGAAAAGUGACAUUGGCACUUUGAUGACCAAUUCUAUGUCAGGGAAUCCGUUGGGUUCUUUAUAGACAUACUCUAACUUACUUCUUACAGAAUUGAUCUUCUCCUUCCCAUAUUUACAGCUGAAGAGACAAGUUUAGGGUUAAACGUUUGUCCCGUGAUGAGGCAGCUAGUUAAGUGGCAGUUCACGCUGUUUCCAAAUGUCAUACUGCCUUGAGAGCAGUGUCCACUUAGACUGUGGGACUGAUAAAUAAUUUAGGUUUUUAUCGCUUUAAAAUAAUUUCAAACUUGCAUUUUGUCUUCUUCGACUUGAGGACUGCUAAAAUUUGAAAGGUAAAUUAGUAUCAUAUUUGUUCACAAAGCAUGUAAAACUAUUCUGUUUCACCCAAAAAAACAUAUAAACAUUGUAUAUUUUAAAUACAUGCACUUUGUUAAAAUGCGUAUUUCAGCACAUAAAACUUAGGUUAUUAUGCAAGUUCUAAUUAUGUUUUUUAGUUAUAAUAAAAUCUUACUUGAUCACAUUAAAUAUGCCAGGUCCAAUAUAAUGCUUCGGAAACAAAAAAAUUUACUUAUUCCCUACAAGGAGAUUCUGGAGUAGGAGAAGAAAAAUUCUAAGAUAUUUAGACAUUCACUGUAGAAUAACUUCUCAUGCAGAUACGAAGGCUCAAACACUGCUCUGGCCAGCUGGGCAGGAGACAUAUGAGGAAAAAGGACACAGAUCCUUCUGGACAGGGAAGUCUGAUCCGUUGAUGCCUGGAUCCAAUCAAAGGGGUUUAUGGUCUUCGGAGCAUUUUGUGGUGAGACAUGGAGCCCAUCAGCAUGACCACCCUGCCAAAUGCCUCAAACACAGACCAAGGCCACUGCAAGGGACAAUGCAAGGUGAUUCUGAUAACACUCUAUGGCGUGGUUUUGCUCGGAGGCACUACUGGAACAGUACUGAUGUCACGUAUGAUGUUCAAAAGGAAAAGCCAAUCAAUGAUUGCCAUGAUCGUUGUCAAUAUCAUAGUGCUGCACUCAGUCCUCCUGGUCAGCCUUCCAUUCCGCCUCAGCUAUUAUAUCUUAGAGGUCUGGGAGUUUGGAACCUUUCUCUGCCGAUUGGUCAGCAGCAUAUUAUAUGGUCAUAUGUACGUCACCUUUUUUUUCUACGUGGCCAUUGUCAUACUCCGAUUGCUCAUCUAUUUUAAGAAGCUCCAAAUGCAACAGUUGCAAAAGUGCCAUGCGGUAGUUUUAAGCAUUGUUAUUUGGACCAUGAGCGGCCUCAUUUUUUUGCCAAUAUUAUUUUUACAAUAUGGUAUAAAUCCAAGUUACUCAAAACAACGACGAUGCUUUGAGUUCUACAAAGAUAUCAACCGCAGAGAAUUCAUUAUCUUGAACUACUCUAUGAUUGUCAUCAUGAUCACAACGGUUGGGGUCCUCUUCCUGAUACAGAUGGGCGUCAUUCUCCAACAGACAAAAGCUCUCUGGCCUGACAUGUGGGCCCAUCAAGACUAUAGAGCUCAAAUCAAGAGCUUCUUCUUCCUCCUAGUAAUAGUGGUCUGUUUUAUACCCCAUCAUGUAUUCCGGGUACACUUUAUUCAAAAUUACUCAGAGAUAGACAAUUCUGAGUUAGUUCUUUAUAAUGAAAUUUUUGUUGCUUUAACUACUGUCUGUUGCCUGGAUAUGGUGUGCUUCAUAGGUGGAGUUAUCCAUUAAAUACUCCUCGUCACUUGCUUUGUAAUCAGCUUUUUACCAUUGUGACAAAAUAGUUUCAAAUGAAUGACUGCUACCAUGAUUCCAAAUGUUUCAAUGCUCUGCUCUUAAUUAUCACCAAAAUUGUUUUUCCAUGAAAAGGUAGAAGAUUGACAGUGUCCCCUCUUCUGAGAGAACGAUGAUCUGUUCUCCAUUAACUAUAGAAUAUAUUCAAUUUCCAUAGCUCUACACAAGUUGACCCCCAAAAUCCUUUCAACACUCAACUCCUACACCUUUUUCAGGAGAUACUUCUGCUAAGCACAACUAUUGCCUUUCUCUAUGCAGUAAUCCAGGCUGUUCUCUUUGCAUUUGCUCUUGCUGGGCUUUGAUCUUAGAAUGUUAUUUCCCUCCGUCUCCAAACUAUCUACUCAAGGUCCAGAGAACCUGAAGAUAUGGACUGUAGGAGACUUAACUUAUUCAACCGAUGCUCAACCUGAGAUACAUGCCUCUUGAAAAUGACUGAUAGUAAAGCUAUGGCUGCUGGCCAUGGUAUUUAGAGGAAAGAACCAGCUUAGAUCGUCAAAUGACUUAGAGGAAGUCCUUUCAGGAUUAAUUGAGCAUGAAUAUGGUUUGAUUCUGACUAAGACUUAGUAGGGACUCAGGAAACAGAAUGCCUCCCAGAUCCGUUCCAGACAUGGAACUGUUAAGCAGAAAAAGAAAUUGGAAAAGGUGGAAAGCAUCUGGACUUAGUCUAAGCAUGCUGGCAGACUAUAUUACAGCCCAAACCUUUGAGAAUGUGAGACUAUUCUUAACCUUGUUCAAGGCACCCUUUAUGACCAAGUAGUGUUAUAUAAUGAAAAUCAAUUCUGGUAUCAGUUAAAAUCAAUAAAAAUAACCAAGACAACCAACUUGGAUUGAGAUAAGUAGAAUCCAAGUGGGCCGUCUUUGUUAUUUUUAUUGCGUUAACUGAUACUUACCUGAUAUAGGAAUUGACAUGCUCUGGGGUGGCUGGGUGGCUCAGUAGGUUGAGUGUCCAACUUCAGCUCAGGUCAUGAGCUCAUGGUUCGUGAGUUCGAGCACUGUGUUGAGCUCUGUGCUGACAGCUCAGAGCCUGGAGCCUGCUUGGGAUUCUGUAUCUCCCUCCCUCUCUGUCCCUCCCUGGCUCAUGCUCUGACUCUCUCUCCCUCUCUCUCUCAAAAAUAAAUAAAUGUUAAAAAAAUUUUUUUAAAGCAAUUGACAUGCCCUUGUGAUUUGCUUAUAACAAUGCUACCUUUGAUAUUAAAUUUACUGACUCAAAUAACCAAACCCUUACGGUUGACAAGGCAGCAUAGUUUACACAAAAGAGUUUUGGAAUAAUCUGGGCAUGUGGAUUCAAAACUUUUUAGUAACUAUGGAAUCAUGGAUGAGGUAUUUAUAAUCUCUGAUCCCCACUGUCCUAUGCUAUAGGGUUUUGGUAAAGCUGAAACAAGAUAGCAACAGGUGUUAAACAAUGGCAUAGUGCCUGACAUCCCAUACUCAGGAUAAUAUUACUUACUCUCCUAAUCCAGGGGCAACUUUGUGCAAAUAACUUAAAAAUAGACCUAAAAUGUUGAUUCAUAUAAAAAUAAAUUUUAGAGGCUUAGAUGCUAUUGGUCAAUGUUAAUCUCAUACUUUGUGUCAUUAUUAAGUCAGUAACUAAAUGGAUGCUUAUUCCUCUUUUUGCCUAUAAUAACUUGUCAUUAUUAUUCUAUAAUUAUUAAUAAUACUUUAAAAUACUAUAGGAGAACCAUUUUAUAAUCCUGCUGUCACAGAACAAGAUAAAUAGUGGUGCACUUAUAUGCAAUCAGCGAAGGAAACAAUCAGCAAAACUAAAAGACACCUGACAGAAUGGGAGAAAUAUUUGCAAACGACAUAUCAGAUAAAGGGUUAGUAUCCAAAACGUAUAAAGAACUUAUCAAACUCAACACCCAAAAAACAAAUAAUCCAGUGAAGAAAUUGCAAAAGAUAUGAAUAGACACUCCUCCAAAGAAGACACCCAGAUGGCCAACAGACACAUGAAAAGAUGCUCAACAUCACUCAUCAUCAGGGAAAUACAAAUCCAAACCACACUCAGAUACCACCUCACACUGGUCAGAAUGGCUAAAAUUAACUCAGGCAACUACGGAUGUUGUUGUGGAUGCAUAGAAAGAGGAACACUUUUACACUGCUGGUGGGAAUGCAAAGUGGUGCAGCCAUUCUGGAAAACAGUAUGAAGGGUCCUCAAAAAGUUAAAAAUAGACCCAGCAAAUGCUGAUUCGAAGAAGCACAUGCACCCCAAUGUUUUUGGCAACACUAUCAACUAUAGCCAAAGUAUGGAAAGAGCACAAAUGUCCAUCAACUGAUGAAUGGAUAAAGAUGUGGUAUAUACAUACAAUGGAAUAUUACUUGGCCAUCAAAAGGAAUGAAAUCUUGCAAUUUGCAAUCAUGUGGAUGAAACUAGACUGUAUUAGGCUGAGCGAAAUAAGUCAGUCAGAGAAAGACAAAUAUUAUAUGAUUUCACUCCUAUGUGGAAUGUAAGAAACACAACAGAUGAACAUAGGGGAAGGGAAUAAAAAAUAAGAUAAAAACAGAGAGUGAGACAAACCGUAAGAGACUCUUGAAUACAGAGAACAAACUGAGGGUUGCUGUCGAGGUGUUGGGUGGGGGGUGGGCUAAAUGGGCAAGGGGCAUGAAGGAGGGCACUUUUCCAGAUGAGCACUGGGUGUUAUAUGUCAGUGAUGAAUCACUAAAUUCUAUUCCUGAAAUUAUUAUUACACUAUAUGUUAACUAACUUGGAUUUAAAUAAAAAAAAUACCACUUUUGGGGGCACCUGAAUGACUCAGUCAGUUGAACUUCCAACUCUUGAUUUCAGCUCACAUGAUCUCAGAGUUGUGAGAUCAAGCCCCGUGUUGGACUCUGCACUGAGCAUGGAGCCUGUUUAAGGUUCUCUCUCUCCCUCUGCCCCUCUCUCCCCCCUCAUGCACUCUCUCUCUCUCUAAAAUAAAAUUUAAAAAAUGUAGUCACUUUUUAAGGGGAUCUGGUAAUGUCCUAAGUAACUUCAAGAUUGAUUGUGAUUGAUUGUGUAACUUUAGGAUACAGUCAGUACUCAACUUACCACUCUGUUGGGUUCUACGAAUUCCUUUUAAUAUCGCGGACAGCAGAGCUAAGACGGCCUCUAAUGGUCCCUGCCUAAUAUUACUGCCCCUGUGUCAUCUCCCCUGUUAUGGACUAUUGACUUCUUAGGAAGUAAAGAGGGCAGAGAAAUGAGAUAUCGCUUCCAAUGUUAGUGUAUAAAAAGACUAUGGCUUCCAUCCUUGGCACUCUUUGUCUUUCUUGCUGUCUCUUGGAUUCCUUCACCCUGGAGGAAACCACCUGCCAUGUCAUGGAAGCACGUGUGGCAAAGAAUCAAGACUUUCUCACAGCCACAUGAGUGAACUUGGAAGUGGAUCUUCUGAGACCUGCCGGUAGACCUGGAAUGAGCUCAGAAGCAGAUCCUCUCCUACUUGAGUCUUGAGGUGAUGCCAGCCCUGGCUGGUGUUGAGUGGAGUCUCAUGAGAGAUCCCGAGCCGGAACUACUCGGUUUAUCUGUUCCUGGAUUCCUGACAUAAAACUAUGAGAUGAUAAAUGUGUGUUGUCUGAAUCUAGUAAGUUUCAGAAUAAUGUAUUAUGCAGCCAAAGGUAGCAAAUGCAGUAAGUGAGUUAUUUACACCUGUGCAAUGUUGCCACUUAAGGCACUGGUGUCUGACAUUUACAAUUCACUAGUUAGUUCCUGCCUGCUCCAGUCGUGCAUGGUGACAAGCACAUCCUCGCCUGUUCUCUGAGUCAAUAAGAACUGUGUCUGGUAUUGUAUAAGCUUUACUUCUGUCCCUGAAGAAUAGGAAAAUAAUGAUACUCUAUGGAAAUGCAUUGGGGUGGUUUAGGGGGAAGAUUGCAAAGGGGACAGCGUGGGCAGGGAUUGUUUGUUGGUCAUACUGACGUAUGGAUUCCUGGUGCUCCAGAUGUGAUUCCCAGACCAUCACUAGCAGCAGCAGCAUCUGGGACCUUAUUAAUAAUGCAAACUCUUGGGGCACCUGCAUGGCUCAGGCUCAGUUGGUUGAGUGUCCAACUUCAGCUCAGGUCAUGAUCUCAUGGUUUGUGAGUUCAAGCCCCUCAUGGGCUCUCUGCUGUCAGCGUGGAGCCUUCUUGGGAUCCCCUGUCCCUCUCUCUCUGUCCC